AUGCCGUCCGACACCACGCCCCCUCCGUCCGACGCUGGCGCCGAGUCGAGCAGCCAGCUGCCAUCCUUUUACUCUCCCCGGACGGGAGCCGCCGAUCAUCAUCACCACGAACGUCACGAUGUAGACCACUUUGUGCUGCCAUCACCGCUCCACGCCGGCGCGGAGCCGUCCUCUUCGUCCCGGCAGCCGGCAGCUCGGGCCCUGUCGGAGUCUCAGCCGCCGUCGCAAUCGCACACCCCAACACACACGCAGCCCCCUCCGUCACUCCUCUCACCCGCCUUUACACCCCCUCAGACCCCCGGCACGCAGACACCCUCGACGGCCGGCCCGCGAGGCGUCCCCGUCGACAGCUCCAUCCCCUCCGGCGGCUGCGGCACCAAGAAGCCGCGCCUUCUCGAGACCCUUCCCGAGGUUCAGUGCAUUGUGCGCGCGCGGAUUCCCACAGUCGCGGGCACCGAGAUGUUCCUCCACCUCUAUACCAACAACGUCGACUCCAAGGAGCACCUUGCCAUUGUCUUCGGCAACCACAUUCGCAGCAAGAGCCUCGAUGCUCCCCGCGAGGGCGAGACUGAGAUGGACCGAAUGGUUCGCGGUGCGUAUACGGGGCGUCUGUUCCCCGGUCGCACGACCAGUGGCAUGGCCGCGACGCCUCAACAGGAAGCCGUGGAUGCUCCCGCCGCUCAGCAGUCGGCCGAGACGCCCCUCGUACGAAUCCAUUCCGAGUGUUAUACCGGCGAGACGGCGUGGUCCGCUAGGUGCGACUGCGGCGAGCAGCUAGACGAGGCGGCUCGUCUGAUGGGCAUGCCCGGCAACACGGCCGGAGGCAUCAUCAUCUACCUUCGGCAGGAGGGUCGCGGAAUAGGCCUCGGGGAAAAACUCAAAGCCUACAACCUGCAAGAUCUCGGUUCCGAUACCGUCGAGGCCAAUCUGCUGCUGCGUCAUCCCGCCGACGCGCGCAGCUAUGGCCUGGCCACGGCGAUGCUGCUCGAUCUCGGCCAGCACGAUAUCCGCCUCCUGACCAACAACCCAGACAAGAUCCGCGCCAUCGAAGGCCCUAACCGUGAGGUUGUGGUCAAGGAGCGCGUUGCCAUGGUACCGCUAUCGUGGAAGGGCAAGGGUGGCUUCCGCAGCCAAGAGGUGGAGGGCUACUUGAAGACAAAGAUCGAAAAAAUGGGUCACAUGCUAGAUAUGGCCGGGUCAUGA